CCAGCACCUCCUCCCCUACCUCCCCUCCCAAGCUGCGACCUCUCUCCUCCCCCCACCCCUCCCGACUCUUCGUCAUCUCAAGCGCUUCUCCGCGUCUUCAUCAUGGCCACCUCUCGAUCGGUCGCAAGGCUGGUCGCCUACCGCCGGUCCCCCUUCAUGCCCAUCGGCUCAACCGCAAACUUCUCUUCCUCGGUGUCCCGCGCGGCAUCCCCAGCGGGCCCCCCUCAGCCCGGUUUCCGUCUGCCCCCGCCUACGCGCUGGGAUCAGGGCUCGGAGUCUUCUCUCGACAAGGCUAGCAAGUACUUCCUCAUGGCCGAGAUCUUCCGCGGCAUGUACGUCGUGCUGGAGCAGUUUUUCCGCCCACCUUAUACCAUCUUCUAUCCCUUCGAGAAGGGUCCCAUCUCUCCCCGUUUCCGCGGUGAGCACGCUCUGCGUCGCUACCCCACCGGCGAGGAGCGCUGCAUUGCCUGCAAGCUCUGCGAGGCCAUCUGCCCGGCCCAGGCUAUCACCAUUGAGGCGGAGGAGCGUGAGGACGGAAGCCGCCGGACGACCCGUUAUGAUAUCGAUAUGACCAAGUGCAUCUACUGCGGUUACUGCCAGGAGAGCUGCCCCGUGGACGCCAUUGUGGAGACCUCCAAUGCUGAGUACGCUACCGAGACCCGUGAGGAGCUUCUGUACAACAAGGAGAAGCUUCUCGCCAACGGUGACCGAUGGGAGCCCGAGAUCGCGGCCGCUGCUCGUGCCGAUGCUCCUUACCGAUAAUCAAAUCGCCCUUCUUUCGUUACUUAUUGUGGUCCUCAGCAACCCAAAAUUGCGAAUGAUGAAUUAGGACCCGUGGAAGUGGCACGGGCUCAAUAUCAGAACGCGCCAAAUGGCGUACGUCCAAAAUCUAGAAAAGGGCUCUCUACUUGCCCUCUCACAUCAGCACACCUUGUACAUAACUCACCCUCGACCUUGUGUUAUCUCUGUCGUACUAGUCGAUUACCAAAGGAAGGUUCCAGCUUCGUUCGGGAACCAAGCUCCUUUGUCAUUUUUUUCUUUCCUAUGUUCUGGAAUAGCAGGUCUCUUUUAUUUCCCCCCCCCCACAAGCUCAAAUUUGAUUAGCGAUAUAUCUUCAUGACACAGUAGUUCAGCUACAUUGUUCAGUUGGUUUGGGUUUAAGUUGGUCCGACCUCUGGACGAGGCCCUGGCAGCCCACCGCGAUAUAUUCGGUUACGGACCUCAGUACCUAGUUCGUCAACCUAGAAUCCAGGAAAUAGGGAUCUACUUUUAGAUCUAGAAAGUGGAUAAAGGGAACAGAGUGAAAAAGGGCUGAACAAGCUAUAUUUGUAUUCACAAAUAAAAAAUGGAUCGCUACCCAUGCUGACGUACAUACAAGACAUAACUGCCGCUGAAACACAGCGCAAACACCAAACACCAGAAUCCCCGGAUGGAUAUUUCCCAGAUCGAUGUCUUAAAAACACUUUUUGUUUUUUUUAUGUUGUGGGUAUUCUCCAGCUCCAGCCAUCUUCCGAAGGAAGGAAGAAGCUUGAAAUGAAGGAUGAAAAGGCACCAAGGCUAUGGGCAAGUAACCAUAGCUUUUGAGAGAAAGGAAAUGUGACGAACGAGAUCACUUCUUCUUGCCGCCAACCUUGGCCUUGAAGCUACCCUCAAAACCCGGACGAGCCUUCUUCUUGCCACCGCCGGAGGGCUUCUUGCCCUUGCCCUUGCCCUUGGUGCCCUUCUCGUCACGGCGCUUGCGCAGGUUCUCUUCACGCUUGGUUUGACGCUGUUCCUUCAUGCGAGAGACGGUGUCGAUGCGUUCUUUCCAAUCACGCUCCGAUCUCUUCUUUGCGGUCUCCUUGCGCUUGAGGGCCUUCUUCAAUAGAGAGGUGUCAUCACGAACUCGUUCACCGUGAGCGCGCUUCUUGGCGUUCAACCAGGCAUCCUUCUCCUCGAGCUCAGCGCGCUUUUCCGGAUCCAUUUCGGCGAGACGGGCCUUCUUGGCCUCUGCGGCCUUGAGCAGGGCGGCGGCAUCCUUAUCCUUGGGGCCGCGGGUCUUGGACUGAUCACGGACGCUAGAGAGAGAGGAAUCGGCGACUUGACCAUCGGCGAACAUGACAUUACCGAAAGAGAAGUUGUUGCUGGAGGAUCCGACAGAGUCGGCGGGGGAGCGAGGAGAGGCGAGCAGAGAUCCAGAACCACCAGGGGAGAAUCGACGAGCCAUAGCCUCAUCCUUUUGGCGCUGCUCUUCGUCCUUGGCCUUUUGGCGCAAUUCCUUCUUGUGUGCCUUGCGCUGCUCAGCCUUUUGUCUCCGUGAGUCGAUCAGUUCUUGACGGUUGCGCGCGGGCUUGCCGUUAAAGCCAUCUGCGUGCCUCUUUGCCCGAAGCUCAUCGAGACGCUUUUGCAAGCGUUGCUUGAGUUCUUCUGGGGUGGCCUUCAAGGCCUUGGGCUCGGCGGAUUUGGCAUCGGUGGCGGUAGAAGGGGGGACAAUGGAGGAUAUGGAGGAGCUGCCUGAUUGAGGAUUCGAGGCAUCGGGGGAGUUGCGGGUGGAUGAAGCAGAAGAGGGGCCUUCCGGCUCCUCGUUGAAUUCGAGUGAGAAUCCUUCCUCGGCGACUCCGUCCUCGAGAUCGUCGCCGUCCUCAUUGUCGGAGGCAGCAGGUUCCUCAGUGGUCUUGUCAAUCUUCGACGUUGACUUCUCUGCAGCCGUGGAGGAUGCCUUUUCAGUCUGUUGCGGUUUUUCCUUCUUGGCACUCUCCUUGGCCUUUUUCUUCUCCUUUUGCGCAGCCUUCUUCUGGGCCUUCUUCUCUUCCUUCAGCUUCUUCCGAGCCUCAGCCUCCUCUGACUUUGCCUUCACAGCGGCAUCUGAUUUCUCAGUCUGCUUUUGCUUCUUGGCCUUUUCUCCCCGGUUGAGACCCUCCCCGGGAAUUUCGGAGCCGAGUUCUUCACCGUCCGACGAGUCGCUUUCGAGAGAUCCAUCCUCACGCUUGCGCUUACGAGCAUUAUCAUCCAUCACGUCUUUGGCGGUCUUGGCGGAUUCGGAUUCGGGGUCCAACUUUGCACGCUUAGCCUCACGGGCUUGCUCUUUCGUCUGCUUUUUCCGUUUCCAUUGA